AUUGCCAUCACUGAGCUACAACUUUAUCUGGAACUGCAAGCAUCGCUAUGCGCUUGCACAGUCUUGGAAGAGUCUCGUAGCAAGCACUUGAUGCGCCAAGUCAUGCUUCUCCAAACCACCAUCUCAUCACCGCCUCUGCAACACCACCAGCCGGUCUCUCUUUCUUCGUCUUGCUCUGUUCUUCCGUUAGGACCUCUCAAGUUGAGGCCGCACAAACUCUCUCUUCAGUUGCUACUCCAUUGGAGAAGUUUCAAUGUCUUGAAUUGUUUGCCUAAAAAUCAUGCCAUUGUUCAGCAUUAUGGUGAGCCAUAUUUGACAUCCUCUAUGUUGGCCAAUGGACUGAAUGUCGACAGAUUUCCCAGUGUCCAGAUACUUCAAAUGAAAUUGGCAUUGGGAUCCCAUACCUCGCAUAAAUUUAAGAAAUACUUGGGAAACCUUUUGAAGAUUGACGACAUAAUAGACUGGAGAAGGCUAGGAAUCUGGGUAUCUGCAUUUUCCUUUGGACAAAUUUCAUGGUUAGUUUCUGCUGAAGUAGCACGUGCCGCCAAGAUUGUUGAACCAGAUGCAGUUUAUGAAGUUGGAGAGUUAUUUGAACUGGGAAUCCAGCUAUCAUAUCUGCUUAUACUAUUAGGUUUGCUUGGAGCUGGAAGCUUCUUUGUAAUUCGUCAAGUCCUGGUACGAAGGGAACUUGACCUUUCUGCCAAAGAAUUGCAGGAGCAAGUAAGAAGUGGUGAAGCCAAUGCAACUGCGCUCUUUGAACUUGGUGCAGUGAUGCUGAGGAGGAAGUUCUACCCAGCUGCUACUAAAUAUUUACUUCAGGCAAUUCAAAAUUGGGAUGGAGAUGAUCAAGAUCUUGCUCAGGUUUAUAAUGCUCUUGGUGUCAGUUACACCCGUGAUGAGAAGAUCGACAAGGGAAUCGCGCAAUUUGAAACAGCUGUGAAGUUGCAACCAGGUUAUGUCACAGCUUGGAACAACCUUGGUGAUGCAUACGAGAAGAAGAAAGACUACAAGUCUGCGAUGAAGGCAUUUGAAGAAGUGCUUCUUUUCGAUCCUAACAAUAAGGUGGCGCGGCCCCGGCGAGAUGCAUUGAAGGAUAAAGCACAAUUUUACAAAGGAGUUGCUGUCAAAUCUAAGGACAGAUGAUUUUCUGCAACAAAAACCAUUUAGCUUUCAUUUCCACAUUCUCAUCUUUACUUAAAAGAGACAUUGAUUUCAAUGUUUUCUAAUAGUACGUUAUAGAACGCACAUUAAGAUGUCUAAUUUGUUGAUAUCUGCUUAAGUUGACAGAGAAAACCUUGAAGGAAAC